AUGCACGAGCUCAACCUCUACGGCCAGGUCACCUUUGCCCGCUAUGAGCAGGUCCUGAACAUCCUGGCCGGCGUUGCGGCCAUGCAGCCCCAGCGCAUCUACGAGCGGCACAUCAUCUACAAGCCACUGCGCGAGCCUGAGGAGCCGGGCUCCAACCUGGGUCGCCGUGGCGGCACCCAGACAGUCGCCCAGAAGCAGGCAAAGCAGGCCGCCCCCGUCGUCCUGUACCACACCCAGCUAGUCCAGAGGUUGUCCGAAGAUGCCUUUGCUGCCCACGGCGGCACCCCGCCAGAGAGCGCCCCGUCGCUGUCUGCCGAUGUAGACGACGGGGACGAGCCCGCGUGGUCGUUUGUCUUCAAGGACAUUCCCGACACGGGCGACCGAGGCGUCUCCAUCCGCUUCACCAGCACAACCGACUUGCUGUCGGGCGACCCCCAUGCCCACAUGCUCGCCUCCGGGCCAAACCAGUUCGUCACCGAGUACUAUGUCGAAGGCUAUCGUUUCGUCCAUGGCAACGUCGUCGUCUUCCUGCACCGCACACUGCACGAGCCUGGGGUUCGCAACAUGCAACAGGCCCCCAAGACCACCAUACCGUCGUUUGCUGGGCUCCAACUCCUGGAUCCAAGUGGCGCGUACGUGCUCGACGCAACCGUGCAGAUCGAGGACUUCAACAACGCGGCUGUGCUAGAGGCAGGCGUAAACGAGCUCAAGAGGUUCCAGACACAGAUGAAGGGCUGCGUCAACCUGUUCUUGCCGGAUCGUCUUUCCCAGGACCCUCGCGUCAAGUACAAGCCUCCUCCAGCCCCGGCCACCCAAGCACGGCCACGUUGA